CCAAUAUUGCCUUCAGCGUGAUUGCGCUCGCGCUAGAGAGCGUCACGGGCAAGAAUUACUCGCAGCUGCUUGACGACUACGUUUUCAAACCGAUGAAUCUCACAAACUCAAUGGUUAGCCCUGGCAUUGAUGACCACGCCGUGAUCCCGGUCGGCGAUACAAACAGUUGGGGCGCCGACUAUGGGGUUGGCGCACCUGGCGGUGGCCUAGUUUCUUCCCUCUCUGACCUUGCCGUCUUCUUCAGCACCAUCCUUAGCCCUUCCGCGCAACUAUCCUCGAACACGACACGCGCUUGGUCGGCGCGCUCCUGGUUGCACGAUCCUUCGAUCCUGACCGGCUCGCCCUUCUCCGCGGUCGGUUCCCCAUGGGAGAUCUACCGAGCGCAGAAUCUCGUCCCCCGACACCCCCACACAGUCGACAUUUACGGCAAGGGCGGCUCCGCGAACGGGUACCAGGCUCAGGUUGCAGUGCUCGACGAGUAUGGUGUCGCCAUUAUCCUGCUCACCGCUGGCGGUGGGGGUGGCGCGUGUCAGAAUAUCUACGACGCCGUGCUGAAGACUCUUGUGCCGGUCAUCGACGAGAUCGCCAGAGAGCAGGCGGCGGACAAUUACGUUGCUAGUUUUUCUUCGUCCUAUCCAAAUGAGAGCGAAUCAAGCGGGGCCGUUCAGCGGCAGCGACAGAGGCAUGAUGAGCAAGAAGUAUGUGUGGGCAUGGUGGACUUCAACGCUACCGUCAUCCAGGACGAGCAUUCUCUCAUCUUGGAGAGCGUGUGGCGCAACGGGACUGAUAUGCUGGCGGCGUACAUCAAACUCUGGUCCGUGACGAUGGGCAUGUACGUCCCCGCCGUGCCGAAAAUGGCCAGGUUAUUUCCAACAGAUGUCCGCGCCGAGAGUGUCCUGAAUGAUACCGCAUAUCGCGGCCAAGGCGGCAGCAGCAGCAGCAGUAACGGCGACGUCGAGGUCAUUGUCGAGGACUGGAGGAUCGAUUGGAGCUUGGAGGCUGCUGGCACGAGGUCGGAUAUGCCGGGCACGGGAAUGGGGCCUGAUGGGGCCAGCAAGGACAACUGCUUGGGCUGGACAUGGGUAGAUUGGAUGUACUAUGGAAACGAACCGAUGGAUCGGGUUGUGUUUAUCCGGGAGAAAGCGACGGGCAAGGUCUUGGGGAUGGAGGUGCCAUACUUACGAUCUGGGAUGCUGUACAAAGCCCCAUGAAUCCAGACUCAAGAGGUAUGCGUGCAAAAUUGACUUAAUCCAGUUACACUUUUAUUAUCCCCAACCGCUAGGAAAUUCUACAUUUUGG